AUGGAGGCAACGAGCCAUGGAGAAGUCCUCUGGCUGCCAUUUCAGACCGAGCAGAAAGUCCUCUGCCUGCGUAUGGUUCCUGACUCGCCCCUGCUGUCCUCGGCCGCUCAGAUCUUGGAUUCCUGCAUGGGUUUGGAAACGCUGAAGAGCCGGAUGGAAGCCACAGAGCACGACGUCACAGGCUACGUUUUGCCAAUCCUCCGGCAUGCAGGGAAAUGGCACAACGAGACCUGCGCACUAAUGCUCGAGCUUGAUGAUGUAAGAGCUAUUGGUAUGGGCUCUAACAUGAAGAUCAGGAAGCGCGUCACUUGGCUCGCAAUGGCCUUGGCCUACAUCGUAUCCGCAGGUCAAAGUCGGCAAGGCACCCGCCGGGAGGAAGUCUCCCGCCUCGUGAACGGCUUCGGCCUUGAUGCCCUGGCCACGGAGGCCUGGAGCAACAGACGUUCUGCUUUGAAUUAUCCGACCUUGGAUUGCCCAACCCAGACCUUGCACCCCGGCCCGGCCACGGCCCCAACCUAUGGCGCUGCACCUGUCUCGGCACCUGUUUCGGCACCUGUCUCGGCACCUCCGGCCAGCGUCCAAGAACUGCAGCAGAUGGCCCGACAGCUGGGCGCCUCUGAGCCCAUUGUCCAGGACCCUUUCAUGGGCGUGGACCCUGUCCUAUCCAGCGUCAUGUGCAUGGCCUGCACCAAGCACUUUACGGAUGGGCAUCUGACGAACCGGAAACAUGUGAAUUACCGUGAGAAUUUCAUGGCGACGAUGCAGUGGAUCCGCCAAGAACAGAAGCUGUGCAACGCCUUGCUCCACGAGACGGAGCAGAGGGCGGGCCCUCGGCUUCCACAGCAGCCGGUGGCACCAGCGCACAGGGCGCCAGCAGCACCCGCCGAUGCUCAGGCCGACGGUUUUUGGGACGAGACACUGCCAGAAGAGCCACCGGCCUCCUGGGAGGAGCGAGCCGAAGCCAGAGAAGCCAGAUGGAAGGACAUCGCCUUGCCACCGACUCCCACAUUGGAGCAGAACUUUGACUUCGCUGCGUGGCUGGUUCCUGAGUUGCGAAACAUCUACCAAGAUGUGAAAGUCUUUAAUACCCCCCUUGGUGUCGAGGAAUGCUGA